AUGAAAAAACAACUUUAUGAACAAUCAUCACAGUUUCGUAACUGGUGUUUUUCCAAAUCUAAACUUCAAGAAACACGCGAAAAAAAUCAUGCGUCAUCUGUCGAAAAAGAAUUAAGAAAACAAGCAUUGGAGACUACAAAUUUAGAGCAGGAGAGAGUCAAUUCACCCAGUUUAUCACCACCAUCAGAAACUGAUUUUUUAACAUUGGAAGAUGAAAUUGCUUUAUAUUUUAUUAAAUUUCUUUCUAAUGCCAAAAUCACCAAAGAAAGUGUUUUUGAACUUGAACUAAUUAUAUCAAGAAGUCUAAGAUAUGAAUAUAUGAUUCAUCAUCCAUAUUUACCAGCAUUUGGAUUUUUCUUGGAUUUACAAUUAUAUUCUAAGGAUUCUAAAAAAAUACAACAAAUCUAUGAGAAAUCUAAAGAAUAUAUUAACACAUCACUUUUUACUGACGCAAUGUUCAUCUAUCAACCAUCACAAAUUGCAUUAUCAACAAUUAGAAUUGCAUCAAAAUUUUAUAAUUUUGAUAUUGAAGUAUAUUUAAAAUUAAAAUUUAAUUCUGAUCCAGCUGAUAAAAUUGAAAAUCUUUACAAAAUACUUGAUGAGAUUGAGUUAAUUAUUAAAAAUUAUGAACCAGUUUUAGUUGAUAGAGCAAGAGAAGUUGAUGCAAGAUUAAGAAAAUGUAAAAAUCCUGAAAAAAAUCCAAAUAGUGAAAUAUUUAAGAAAAGAAAAUCAGAGAGAGAAGAACUUGAAGAAGCAGAGCGGCAUAAAAAAAAGAGAUCAGAUGAUGAAUAUCAAAAUACAUUAAAAGCUGUAUUUGAUUAA